GCGGAAUGUGGUAUGCUGCAAGUCUCACCGUUUUUCCAGAAUCGUCUGCUAAAAAAACAUGUUCGGCUUCGGCAUGCUGAGCAAAAACCACGUUUAUGGAGUUAAAGAGUUCUGAAUUUACCCUAUAAAAACCUAAGCAGUGUAUGUGAAUUUGUCGAGAAAAUGUUAACUACGGUUAGAAAUGAGCUGAUGAGCAGCGAUUGUAAUACGGAAACGGAAUAUUACCCUUUUGGGAACACGCGAGUUCGAAACGUGUUCAAGGAUUUCUAUUUAGGAGGGAAAAUCUAUAGUAACGUGAAUCAAGUGACUAAGGUUCUCUUAUUGGGUUGUGGUGAUCUAAGAAAUACCUUUCAAGCAACAACUUCCAAGAAUCCUAAAAAUUUAGAAAUUCAUCUCAAUGAUAUUCAUCCUUCUGUCUUGGCUCGAAAUAUCAUAAUUUUGAAAAUUGUGUCAGCACGUGAUUUCAAUCCUGACAAUGAUGAAGAUUUUUGUUUUCUGUGGGAUGUGUGGUACAAUAUUGAUUGGCCAGAAGAAACCAGGAAGAGGUUUCUUACUGUUGUAAAGGAAUUGAUGAAUGAGAAAUUACCGGAUAAUGUCUCAAUUCCCAACAAUAGUCACUUUGAAAAGAUUAAGAAUUUGUGGAGCAACUGGCAUUCCGUUUCCUCUAGGAACAAAACUGAUGGUGAAUCACUCAUGAAAAAAAUCUGGGGACAAAGGAAUCAGUGCUUGUUGGACUUGUGGGAAGUCUUGUAUCCAGGAUAUUUACAAGAAAAAGCAACAUUAAAAAAUGCUGAUCUCUACACUACCUCAGUAAAUGAACUGGCUGAACAGUUUCAUAAUCGUGAAGGGUUUACAGGAUUGGCUCCUUGUGUUAAAAAAAAAAUUUACAAUGAAGUGCUCAAAUGCUACAGAAAUGGCAGUAGCCGCCUUCAAAAUGACGACAAAUUGGUGUGCGUCAACCCAACUAUGCUGAACCCCGAGACCCAUGAUUGGAAACUCUUCUGCUUAUUAACUCCGUUUGAAGGUUAUCUGCCGAUGGAAAAAGGAGAGCUGAUAACUUCAGUUGAAGAAAUCAUGAACCAAUCCUGCUCCAAAAUACUCAAGAGAUUGGUGUCUUCCUAUCUCAGACGAAUUGAAACAAUCGAAAUCGUUUUUCAUUUGGAAGAAGCCAUAAAACAUUGCUAUUCAGACGCAAACAAGUUUGACGUCAUCGACUGCUCUAAUUUCGUGGAUCAUGUAGGGUUAGCCAAUUUAGUUGUUGCAUGCUGCCAAAAGUUGUCAGAUAACCCGAAUGCAGUUUUUUAUACCGAAAUAAUGACUGACCGUCAUCAUUCGGCCAACACAAUCGUCGAGACAUCCCUUUGUGUUCCAUUGAGUUUGAUUCCCACCAUUUACGGGUUAAGAUUGGCUGACCAUGUUGAAUUAAGGGAUUCUGCCGUAGAUUACUUACGUUGCAUCACCCUUCAAAGAGGACGCCCAGUGAAUCUCUGCUGGCAAAAAGUACCACACUUUCAGAACAUCAAAUUGAUUCCUUCUCCUGAUUUAAGUCGAUGCCUAACAAAGCUGGCCAAAUUCUGCCAUCUAACAACAUUUCCAAAACCUGCCUCUCUAACAAGCAGUGCUGGAAGUGAAAUCUACUACACUCCCCUAACAUUCAACUAUAUUUUGGAUUCAAUGAUCAAGAGACUGGGACAUGAUUUUUUGUUACCAGACAUAUGUCAGCUUGAAAUCGCUCCCCAAUUCAGACUGGCUCGAAGAUUUCUGGAGGAUUGGAAGAACGGGAAGAAAAUGAAGAAAUUUUCUGCUGGUUUUGUGUCCACAGUGAAGUCUGCAGUUAGCGAAAAAUCUACCACUCUACUUCGGCUAGUUUUUGUCCGAAAAGCUUCUUAUAAGCUUAAUCCUGACUUAUCCGGACCUGAUGUUCAUUUCAUCGACAAUUUUGAACUUGAAUUGAAACAUUCUUCAAAAGGAACAACAGUGGAGGCGGUGUCGUUUUUACUGGCUCAUGAUCAUAGUUUCGAUGAUUCGUACGGUGCAUUUAUUUUCAAUGCGUUGAAUGGAACGCCACUCCUACUCUUAGAGUGUUUUGAAUCGAUGCGGGUAGAGGAAUAUAGUGUACCGUACCCGAUUGAACAAAACAAAUCUCAAAUUUCGCUGGAUCCUAAAGAAAAAAUGUACAUGAAGGUUGAAAGUUGUAUCGAGUCAGAAGAACUGUACACUCUUAGGAUGACCAUUGAAUGUAAUGGAAAUGUUUCAGGAUUGAAGAUAUCCACCAACGAGCAGGCCCCCUGCGAAUCCUCCCAUGACGUCACAGUUUCAUUGACUCAACCCAACAAAAUCAAACCGUUGUCCUUAACAUUUCCAUUUCCGAUCCUUGCGAAAAAUAUUCAAGCGACGCUCCAUCGAAAAAGUCAACAUGUCGAUUUGUUGGUGAAGAAAUCCCUGCUGGAACCUUGGCCAUGCGAGUUUCACACUAAAAAGUCUAAAUGGAUAAUUGACGAUUUAGUUCCCUGGAAAAACGAGUCACUCAAGUCUGAAAAUGUGUUCAACAGUGUGGAACACCAUCUGAGCAGCCAGUUUUUAUCUAAGGAUUUCGAUGUAGACCAUUAUCUUGAUUCGAAGAGUUCUGCUUUGGAAAGCUUGCGCUUUAAGCUUGUAGCAUUGAUGUUCGAUAAUUCUGAGUUUGUCAGUUACGGUCGAAAUGACGAUUGGUACCUGUUGAAACUCCAUCGGCCCCUUCUUACUUCACCAAUGGGAAGCCCCAUAUUGCUGAUUACUGCUCUCGAUGAUAACUAUACAAAAAAUAUUUCGAAGAAAAUAUCUCUAAACCCAACUGUGCUUAAAGAAGUUAUGGAUCACUUUAAGAUUUACGAGAAAGUUUUUCCACUUGGCACACCCAAGGACAAGUUGGAUUUGGAUGCCGAGACCGAAGAAGAGUUUCAAUUGUUUCGUUUUCUCCUGCGUUUGAACUCAACUAGAAUCGAGCCCAGCAAAUGGCAGAAGGAGAAUAUUCCUCUAGGAGGUAGCAGUCCUUGGCUUGCUACUUUCCUUUCGCCUCUCUACCAGGAUUCCGUAUCGACGGAAAGCAUCAAGGAUGAACCAGCUGACGAGAAGUGCUGUGCCGCUUGUAAGAAAAUCCCUGAGAAGUUGAAGAUUUGCAGUCGUUGCCGUUCCACUGUUUACUGCAGUGUCGAGUGUCAACAUUCUCAUUGGCCAAUGCACAAACUCAUUUGCAAGAAAUUGUAAUUUUGCCAAAACUUCAUCCAGACUCUGAUCAAGCAGCUUCAUCCGUGAGUUUAUUCUGAGUUAUUGAAUGGCCAGAUAACUGAUUGACCUGUUAAACUUAAAAAUUCAGAUAUUGCUGUAAUCAAAAGCAUCGCUGCAUUAUUGAAGAGCAAGUUUUUUUUUUUUUUUUUAAUUUGUUUUUUUGGGUUGGAUUAGUUCAUGAACAACUCUUGAUGCAUCAUUUAAACUUUUUUGUAUUGAAAAUCAAGAUUACAUUUAAUAUUGUAACAAU